AGGAGAUGACCUCAACCAGCUGGAUCUUAACUGUCAAGAACAUGUAUCAGAUUCAGCAACUGAGAGUGACAAUGAAGAGGAAGGGCUUAUUGAGAACAAAGCCUUCCCACAACAAAGAUUUUCACCAGUCAUGAAGCAGGUGAGCUGGCCUUUAAUUAGGAUACCCAGAAUUAUUGGUUUAUGGCUCCAAUUUACCUAUACAAAUUUUUCUUAAAAAUCUGUUAGGGAAGAGGGGUUUGAAAAAUACAUUUAUUAGGUUUGAUAUGUUCAUAUCCUUAAGUAAUUUAUGUAUUUAGACCAAACCAGAUGUGUUACUGUUUCAAAUUUUAAAAAAUCUUUUUCGCUAGUUAAAUUUUUGGUGAUAUGCUUUUUUCUGAACAUGCUCAAGAAAAUGAUAAAGUGGCUUCAGAGAAUAGUUGAGGUGGUCGUGCCAGCAUCUGGAAAAAAAACAACUUGCACUCCAGUAUAUUACAUAACAUUUGUGAGUUAAUCAUUCUAAAAAUAAUUGCUGAAGUGCUUCUCCAAAAAAGGGCCUUGUUUUUCAUCUGUAGGUAAAACUUUCUGAGGUCCUGUACCCCAAGCCGAUAAAACCUACAUCGGGC